AUGGGUUUAUUUUUUGUCAGUAUCUUGAAACUAGCUUCUGCACAGCUAAGAUAUUCUUUACUUGAAGAAUCAGAGCCUGGGACUUUAGUAGGCAACGUUGCUAAGGAUCUGGGAUUAAACACAGCAGGGAUUCCUGAACGAGCUCUGAGGCUGGGGUCUGAACAAAGCCAGCAAUACUUUGCUCUCAAUCUAGAGACUGGAGCAAUUGUAGUAAGGAGUAGGAUAGACAGAGAAAAAAUAUGUGGUACAAAUAUAAACUGUAUUCUGCCUGUGGAAAUUGUUCUUGAAAAGCCCCUGGAACUUUAUCACUUAGAAAUCGAGAUUCUGGAUACAAAUGAUAACUCACCUGUUUUUCAGAAUGCAGAACGUACUAUUAAAAUUACAGAGUUGGCUGCAGUUGGUACUAGAUUUCCUCUAGAAAGGGCCCAGGAUCCUGAUUUGGGUAUCAACUCCGUGAGCUCCUACAAGUUAAGUGAGAGCAAAUAUUUUUCUUUAAAUGUACAGGCCCGGAAAAAUGAAAAACCCUCCCCUGUCCUUAUUCUAGAAAAAGCUCUAGAUAGGGAAGAACGAGAAGAGCACACAUUGGUUCUGACUGCCUUUGAUAGCGGAAGUCCACUUAGAUCUGGAACAAGUUUAAUUACAAUAAAUGUAAUAGACAUUAAUGACAAUGCCCCAGUUUUUGAUAAUGCAUUCUAUAAAAUCAGUUUAAAAGAAAAUGCACAGUUAAAUACUCUUGUAAUAAGACUAAACGCAACAGAUAAGGAUGAAGGCCCAAAUGGUGAGAUUAGUUAUACCUUUGAGGACAUAUCAUCAGAGGACAUAACUAAUGUUUUUAGCUUGGGCGGUAAAACAGGAGAAAUACGACUUAAGAAACAAUUGGAUUUUGAAAAACAUCAUUCUUAUGAAAUAUCUGUUAAGGCUUUGGAUCAUGGGAUACCAGAAAUGGAAGGACAUUGUGUAAUUCAAGUAGAUAUUGAAGAUGUCAAUGAUAAUGAUCCUGAAAUUCUUAUCUCUUCUUUGGUAUCAUCCAUUCCAGAGGAUACACCUCCAGGAACCACUGUGGGACUUUUAAGAGUUAUUGACCAAGAUAGUGGCAAAAAUGGGGAAGUACACUUGCAAAUUUCUCCAGAUCUUCCAUUUACUAUCACAUCUACCCAAAACCAUUAUUCCUUAAUAACAGAUGGAUUCCUGGACAGAGAACAGGCAAGUCAAUAUACAAUUGUACUGCAGGCGACAGAUUUGGGAGACCCCCAACUGAAAACACAAACAGCCAUAAAUGUAACUGUCACAGAUAUCAAUGAUAACCCCCCAAGUUUUGAAAGAUUGGUUGUCAAUGUUGAAAUUAAAGAAAACAAUAAGCCAGGAGGGUUACUUUGUACUGUCUCAGCAUCUGACAAGGAUUUUGGAGAAAAUGCACACAUUACUUACUCCAUCGUUAACAGUUUCAUCAAUGGAUCCCCGGCCAUGUCUUUUAUUUACAUGGACGCCCAGAAUGGGAACAUUUAUGCUCAGCAAUCAUUUGAUUAUGAACAAGCUCAGGUUCUUCAGUUCACAAUUAGAGCAGAGGAUUCUGGGAUUCCAAAGCUAUCAUCUAACAGUACAGUCUAUCUGCACAUUGUGGAUGAAAAUGAUAAUCGUCCAUCUAUACUUUACCCUGGAAAUUCACGUCAUGUUCCAGCACAGCAGCCUAUUUCAAGGUCCCUUCAGGCUGGCUCUUUGAUAACUAAAGUUGUAGCGAUUGAUGCUGAUUCUGGAUACAACGCAUGGCUCACCUAUAACAUUGCUAAAGCAACAGAUCUCUCAUUAUUUAAAGUUGCUCCACACACUGGUGAAGUCCGACUGGCUCGAAGCUUCCAGGAGACAGAUUCACCAGUACAAAACCUCUGUAUUGUAGUAAAAGAUAAUGGAGCACCCUCAUUGUCUUCUACUGCUACCUUACUAAUUUCUCUAGAGGAUCACUCAUCUAAAAAAAGUCAUUAUUCUACAGAUGUACUUUCUGAGACCAAACAAAACCCCAAUGUAACUAUGUAUCUUAUUAUCUCUCUAGUUGCCAUUAGUGUAGUGUCAUUUGUGACAUUAAUUAUUUUGCUCACAAAAUGUCUUAGGAACAAGCAUCAAAUGGCAAAUUCUGAAAUGAAUCACUACAUGGGGCACACCCACAAAACCUUACAGCUGAACCCUACAAGCACACUGAGGUACAUGGAGGUUGCUAUGAUGCCGGGGAGUCAGCAAGGCCAAUACCCUAAGACAAGUGGUUCUUCAGACAUUAAUAGGGACACACUGAACUUGAUGAAGUCUUUGAACUUUCCUCAGUUAAAGCAGCUAGUCAAUGAAAGUGAUGAUGCUAUUUCUGCCCAGUUUGAGUGGAGGGAUACAGUACAGGUGAGAUAG